AUAUAAAAGAAGUAUCAUGUGACAGGAAAACAAAUUUUGAUCAUCUUAAUUUUCUAUUGAUUUUCUGACCAUUAUCCCAAGCCAUGGAGUAUCAAGAUAUGUAUUUUAACAUUGAUCAUGGCUACCUUGAAGGUCUUGUCAGAGGUUUUAAGUCAGGAAUACUGAAACAAGGCGAUUAUCUCAAUCUUGUUCAGUGUGAAACACUGGAAGACCUUAAAUUACAUCUACAGAGCACUGACUAUGGCAACUUUCUGGCAAAUGAACCAAGUCCUCUCUCAGUUUCUACUAUCGAUGAUAAGCUUAAAGAGAAAAUGGUUAUUGAGUUCAAUCACUUGAGAAACCAUUGUUUGGAACCUCUGGCAACAUUCCUUGAUUAUAUUACGUACAGUUACAUGAUUGACAAUAUAAUUCUGCUGAUUACGGGUACAUUACGUCAACGACCAAUCAAUGAGCUGAUACCGAAAUGUCAUCCCCUCGGCAGCUUUGAACAGAUGGAAGCCAUACAUAUUGCCUCUACACCAGCAGAACUGUACAAUGCUGUGCUAGUGGACACUCCACUAGCACCAUAUUUCAUGGAUUGUAUCUCUGAACAAGAUCUGGAUGAACUGCAUAUUGAAAUUAUCAGAAACACACUGUACAAGGCAUAUUUGGAAGAUUUCUACCAGUUCUGUAAGCAGUUAGGUGGCUCAACAGGAGAGACUAUGUGUGAAGCACUGGCAUUUGAGGCUGACAGGAGAGCAUUUAUUAUAACCAUAAAUUCUUUUGGAACGGAGCUGUCCAAAGAAGACCGUGCCAAACUGUACCCAAGGUGUGGAAAACUCUAUCCAGAUGGUCUAACCUUGCUAGGACGGGCAGAUGAUCAGGAUCAAGUCAGAGCUGUGGCGGAAUAUUAUGGGGAAUACAAGGAAAUGUUUGAUGGUGCAGGAAACAAUCCAGGGGACAAAACUCUUGAGGACAAAUUCUUUGAACAUGAGGUGAAACUGAUGAAGAACUCCUUCAUGAUGCAGUUCCAGUUCGGAGUGUUCUACGCAUAUGUCAAACUGAAAGAGCAGGAGAAUCGCAACAUUGUAUGGAUCGCAGAGUGUGUGGCACAGCGACAUCGCGCCAAAAUUGACAGUUAUAUACCCAUAUUCUAGCGCUGUGUCCAGUAUAGAUUGCUAAACUCUUUUUUAUAAGAUUCCGCAAAUAUUUCUAACAGUGAAGUAUGUUAAAGUAACAUAAAACUUUGAAACAAAAAAUACACAAUUUAUACACAGAUCAUUUACAUAAACAUACUAAUGAUAAAAUCAUAACUGAUGUUGUUUGAGAAUCUGUGCUGGUCAUAAAAACAGAAUGUAUUUAGUUAAGGAGAGGUAAACACUUUCACCAAUCAAAUGGAUUGCAUCCUUUCAUUUUUCCUGGAAGAGACAGAAAACAUUGCCAAAAUAUGCAAUACUAAAGAAACGCCUACAGUAGGAGAAGGAAUAGAAAAGAAAUUAGUUGAAAAGACUUGAAAUAGAAGUGUUGACAAUAAAAAAGUACUGUAUUCUUUCAAUGCACCUAAUGAUGGUUUCUUGGAAAAUUUAGUGUUGAGUUAAAAUUGCCAUCUUAUAUCUAAAGCUGAUUUGUUCCUUUUCAUGUUUAUUACAUCAAGGAAUAUUGUUGAUUUUCAAACUGUGUUGAGGUCAAGAAAUACAAUGUAUACUGUGAAAUCAUUAAUAUUCGUGGGGAAUUAAUUUUCGUGGAUUUCGUGGUUGAGUUAAUCCACGAAAUUUAAUCCCAACGAAUAAGUGGAAUUCCCAUUCAUUUUAUGUUCAAAAGUUGUAAUCCAGGAAUUCAUAUCCCCACGAAUCUGCCAUUCUGACCUAAACCACGAAAUUUCAUGCCCACGAAAUUAAAUGAUUUUACAGUAUAAGGUUGUUGUUUUUCAUCUUUAAUGCAAGAAAUAAUGUAAACAUAGUCCAAAGGACUUUAUGGUAAGGUAGAGGGAUUUAUCAUUUUAAAGGACUCUUAUAAAGAAUAAAGUCCGACCAGGACAACUAUCUUGUAAAUAUAUAUAAUAGUCAUGACAAAAAAUUAUCAUAGAGACUCUUUAAUGUCAAACGAAGCGCGAUUGAUAAAAUCAACUUCUAGUCAUGUUGAAAAUUAAUGCAUGUUGAUUUUUGUAUUUGGAGACUGAUUUUAACAAUUCCUUAUUAAAUAUAAUGAAAAAAGUGGUACUGUCUUAAUUCCUUCUGGCUUCUGAAGAGGGACAGUGUUAACAUAUUUCACAGCUCAGUCUAGUUUUUGAUGAUAUAAUCUGAUAUGACCCUUGUUGACUGUUAAUAACAUUCCAACUAAAAGUUUAGGAUUUCGUGUAAUCCUAACCCUAUUUUAUUCCCCUAAGCUCUUCAUCAUUGCUACACUAGCUUACUAUUUGUGACUUGUUCUUGUAACAUAUUUUGACUUCUAUGUGAAAUGUACAAUAUUGAGUUACAUAGAUAAUACUAUAUUAGAAAUCCAUGGGCUUUGCAAAAGUUGAAAAGCUGCUGGUGAAACUGGUGUAAUUGUUCGUCUAGAGUAUGAUAUAGCUUUGUAUCGACUUUAAAGUUUGUGAGAAAUGAUAUUUGGCAAUGUGUAAAACUGUAAUUUAGAGCUAGACUUUAACCUUAGUGUAAGUUUUCAAAUUUCCAGGACGUCUAUACUGGCAUUAUUAAAAUAACUUUGCUGUCAUAUAUAUUCAUGAAAAGUUUGAAAUAUAACAUUUUGUUUAUGUUGAAGAAGAAUAGAAAUACAACUGUGAACCACUUUAUGGAAUUAACAAAGUAGAAUUUCAAAUACACAGUUACUUGUGUGAAAUUAUGUAUCUGUAUGUCAAUUGGCAUGUGUUAUGGUGAAAGUUCUGUAUAUAUACUUUACACAAUAUAAAAUGCAAGUUUCGUAGUGUUGGCCCUGUGUUCACAAACCAUUUUUCGCUCUCAGCUGAGUUUGAUUUUGAAAUUUUGAUAUCAAUUUUACUAAAACUUCAAGGUUAAAUUCCAACUGAGACUGACCAUCAAUACUGAAUAGUCACUUGAAUAAAGUUAUUAACUUAAAAUUUUGUUUUAAACAUGCUAUUUAGAUAUAAAUGACAAAUAAAGUUUCAUUAUCAAACUCAGCCGAGACUGAAAAUGUUUUGUGAACACGGGGCCAGGUAAUGUGAAAAUAUUGGCUUUUGGCUGGGUGUGAAAUUUUCAUAAUAAAUUACUGCAGUACAUACUGGUGUCAUAUUACAUAUAAUCAGAUCUGCUACUGAUUCUGUUGUUUAUUCUGUUGAUGUAGACAAUAUAAAAAAAGGUUUUAAGCAUGCAGAAUCAAAAUAAGUAGUUUUAUUUUAUGCUUUUCAGUGAAAUACUAUUAAAAUUUAACUGUGAAGUAAAAUUGAUAUUUUCUUUGUUUCAAACAGUAAAAAUAUCAAUUUUAUUUUUCACUGGUAUGGAACUACACUUGAAUGCUUUUGAAUAUGAAUUAUAUGUAAUGGUAAAUUCCUUGCAAAAUAUGCUUCAGUAAAGAUAUAGAUGCAACACUCGUGAAAAUAUUAAAUGAUAGUGUUCACUUGGUGAAAUAUAUUUCGAUUUUACACUGAAACAAACAAAUAUCCUCUAUUUAACCCUUAGCCUGCUGGCGGCAAGUGAUUCUGCCUAUGCGACCAGUGCAGACCAUGAUCAGCCUGCACAUCCGUGCAGUCUGAUCAUGGGCUGCACUGUUCGCUAUUCAGUCAGUAAAUUUUCAGUGAACACCCCUUCGAAUAUUAAAUGGUAUUGCCCAGAUUGAAUGAUGGACCAGUCAAUUUUAGAAAUUUAGCAGGAUAAGGGUUAAAACUUAAGCAAUCCAAGUAUCUCAAGAAGUUGUGUUAGGUAUAAUAAUGUUCUGUAUAACCAAGACAAUUGUUAGUUAGUGAGAUAAAACUACAGAUAAGAAUCUGAUAAAAAAAAAAAUUGUUGUUCAUAUUCCGAAUAAGUCAAUUCUUUAUUGGCAUAUCCAGGGUGCUCAGCCUAUGUGACUUUUGGAUAUCCUACACAUGGAUAAAAUAUCCUGAUUCAUGUGGGAUUUUGCCUACCUGAGAUUGAUGUCUCCUUACUUUUUCGUAAACACUUCACCCAGCCACAAAAGUGUGUACGUUAUCUACACAGUUUGUCCAAGAAGAUUAGUUGGGCAAAGUGUUUGAGAAAAGUACUGAGAACUGAUGGUAGAUACUUUUUGCAGAGGAAAGCAUUUAUUUUACUGUCUUUGACACACUUUAUGAUAUGAAAAUCCGUCAAGUAAUAAGGAAAAUAGGAGCAAAAUAUUACCUGAAUUGAGACAUUUUAUUCUGUGUACAGUAUCCAAAAGCCAACUGGGUUGGCCACUCUGAUGUUCAGGUGCAAAAUUAUAUUAUAAUUCUCCUUGCUUUCUUAAUUAUCAGGUCUACUGUAAAAACACAGAAGUAAAAUCUAUACAAGAAAAUAGAAUCCAUAUAUUAAGUUUAAAAGUUCAUGUUAAAUUUUAGGUCAGAACUUGUUAUUUGUGGUGUAGGGUAGAUAGGAGCCAGUUUUUGUUGUGAUAAAUUACACAUUUUCUGUUUAUUGUUUAAUUACAAGAUAUUGUAAAUGUUUCAUUUUACAAAAUAUAAUAUAUGGAAUAAAUGAACAAAAAAGAAAA